GAGUAGCCAACAAGAAAAACUGCAAAAAUGUAUGACAGAACGCUACAAUUGAUGCUGUCUUGCGGUGCAGAGGCUGUAACUGUCAGUAGAAUGCGCAGUUUGAUUUCUUGCAGGUUUUAUUUUUGCCUUUUUAGUUGUAGAAUUUAAAGCUGUAUAUGAGCCGGGUCAAUAAAUACCAGGAUUAGCAAGAUUGUAUUUUAUUGCUGAAAGAUGUCCAAUAUUUUACAUGCAGGCGCUAAAGUGAAAUGGAACCAGUCAGCUGCAGCAAAACGAGCAGCGUUUCUUGUAGCUGCUGUCUAUGGAGUGAAAACACUGUACCCUAUAAUUUGCAAGCAGAUCAACAAAAGAUCAGAGCCAGUGAAGUCAACAGCCUGCACAUCAGAGAAAAAAAACGGAUUAUUAUUACAAGGAUCAGAAAUAGCAUCAACAAGAUCUCCGGGUGUAAAUGCAGAGUUUCUUAACCAGAUUCUUCAACUUGUAAAAAUCCUCUUCCCAAAGAUCGUCACUAAAGAGCUGGGGUUGCUUUGCUUGCAUUCUUUGGCGUUAAUCUCCAGAACAUUUUUGUCUAUUUAUGUGGCCGGUUUGGACGGAAAAAUCGUGAAGACUAUAGUUGAAAAGAAGCCGAGGAGCUUCGUCAUCAAAUUAAUGAAAUGGCUUCUUAUAGCCAUACCGGCCACAUUUGUCAAUAGCGUAAUACGUUAUUUGGAGUGCAAGCUUGCUUUGACCUUUCGCACUCGCCUUGUGGAUCAUGCGUAUAAAACAUAUUUUACAAAUCAGACAUACUAUAAAGUCACCAAUAUGGACGGGAGACUGGCGAAUCCAGACCAGUCCCUCACUGAGGACAUCAUGAUGUUUUCACAAUCGGUUGCACAUUUGUAUUCCAACCUUACCAAACCAAUUUUAGAUGUGAUACUAACCUCUUACACCCUCAUUCAAACUGCUAGAUCAAGGGGGGCCAACGCAUCAGGACCAACCUUGUUAGCUGGAUUAGUGGUGUAUGCUACGGCGAAGGUUCUGAGAGCAUGCUCCCCGAAAUUUGGGAAACUGGUGGCAGAGGAGGCACACAGGAAAGGUUACUUGCGUUAUGUGCAUUCCCGUAUCAUUGCCAAUGCUGAAGAGAUUGCAUUUUAUAGAGGGCACAAGGUAGAGAUGAAGCAGCUGCAGAAAUGUUACAAGGCCCUUGCUGAUCAGAUGCACUUAAUUUUGUCAAAGCGCCUUUGGUACAUCAUGAUAGAGCAGUUCCUGAUGAAGUAUGUGUGGAGCAGCUGUGGCUUAGUCAUGGUGGCAGUACCCAUAAUCACAGCCACUGGUUUUGCUGAUAACGAGUUAGAAAAUGGACAAACACAGGUUUUGGUUAGUGAAAGAACUGAAGCUUUCACUACAGCCCGUAACCUUCUGGCCUCCGGAGCUGAUGCUAUUGAGAGAAUAAUGUCUUCCUACAAAGAGGUCACUGAACUUGCGGGCUACACUGCUCGAGUCCAUAAUAUGUUUUUGGUCUUCGAUGAAGUACAGAAAGGAGUUUACAAGAGAUCCACUGUUACUCAGACUGCUGCAUCAGACAACACAAAGGCAGCUAAACCUGAAAUGCACAUCACUGGCCCCCUUGAAAUCAAUGGACAUGUCAUUGACGUGGAUAACGGAAUCAUAUGUGAAAAUGUUCCAAUCAUCACUCCCAAUGGUGAUGUGGUUGCUUCCAGCUUAAAUUUUAAGGUGGAGGAAAAGAUGCAUCUCCUAAUCACUGGUCCUAAUGGCUGUGGCAAGAGUUCUUUAUUCAGGAUUCUGAGUGGUCUGUGGCCUGUCUAUGGCGGGCUUCUAUACAAGCCUCCGCCCCAGCACAUGUUCUAUAUUCCACAGAGACCCUACAUGUCGAUAGGAACUUUGCGGGAUCAAGUCAUAUACCCUGAUUCUGUAGAAGACAUGCAUGACAAAGGCUACAGAGACCUGGACCUAGAAAUCAUUCUGGACAUUGUCACUUUGAAUCAGAUAGUUCAGAGAGAGGGUGGUUGGGAUGCAGUUACAGAUUGGAAGGAUGUUUUGUCUGGUGGAGAGAAACAGAGGAUGGGCAUGGCAAGGAUGUUUUAUCACAGACCAAAAUAUGCUUUACUAGAUGAGUGUACAAGUGCUGUCAGCAUUGAUGUGGAGGGAAAGAUUUUUCAGGCUGCAAAGGAUGCUGGAAUUUCUCUUCUUUCUAUCACACAUAGGCCGUCCCUCUGGAAGUACCACACUCACCUCCUGCAGUUUGAUGGUGAAGGCGGUUGGCGUUUUGAACAGCUGGAUACAGCGACUCGACUCUCCCUCACAGAGGAGAAACAAAGGCUUGAGUCACAGCUCGCCGGGAUUCCCAAAAUGCAGCAUAGACUCAAUGAACUGUGCAAGAUCCUGGGGGAGGACUCUGUCCUCAAGACUACUGCUCGUGAGGGUGAGGAGUAAACAUUUUCCCUUUUCUAGCCAAGGGAACAAAGAAGCAAACCCGAACAAGUGAUAAAAAGGGUGUGUAUUUCACAUCUUGUUUGAUUAUAUGUUAUUUGCUUAAUCUGUCAGAGCACAGUAUCACUUUUUCAUUUAAUAGUCUUUUGUUAAACAAUUUUACCACAUUACACUAGAAUUAUUGUAAAAGGUGGUGAUGUAUUGUAACUACAGUAUGUGUUUACAAACACUAUCAAAGAUUUUAGCACUUUACCCAAUUGUUUGUAAAAACAAAAGUUGCAACACUUUGAUCUAGUACUUUUAUGUGUUGUGCGGAAAGAAAAUGAGAAAUUAACAUGUUUACAAAAAAGAGAAUGUAUUUGCUAACCAUGUUUAGUAUACUGUGCUAAAUUCUAUGAUCAUUUUUUAAAUUUUAGUUUUUUUCUGAAUCUUAUUUUACAUCAGAGCCUAGACUGUCAAAAACAGUGUGUGAUAUAUGCAAAAACAUUACAUGCUGGUUUUGUCAAGGUAUGUCUGCCAAAAUGCAACUAGCAUUUUUGGUUGAAAGAAAAUCAUACUGUUAAUGUUACAAAACUAGUAACACUCAACUCAGAAAGCCCAUUCCAGGACCCAAGGGUGUGCUUAAGAUGAUAGUUAUUAGUUUUCUAACAGCUUCAUUUUUCUUUUACAAAAAGCAGAACAUUUUGGCAAGAAUACCUUUUUAAAUCAGAUCCAAGGCCCUUAUUCACUAAUAAUGCAUUAUUUUUGGUUUUGGAAAUCCUAAUGCAUUUAUUGUUUUUGCAGUACAUUAACAGUCUUGAUUUAACAAAUGGUGGCUUUAUCUACAUUCACCUGUCCACGCAAAGGCCUUCCUAAGAUAAUUUACCUUUAGCCACUUUUAUAUUGGGACAUACCUCAUGCAUUAACAAAUACAGGUAAGAAAAUGGUCAAAUCUACUGAAGGGUCAGGUAAGAGAAACAGCGAGAUGUUUAGGAGCAGGUUGUAUUGCUUGGGGAGUUGUUGUGUAGCUGCUUCAGCCAGUUUGGCAGCAGGGUGCCAAACUGGCUGGAGUUCUUUAAAAAAUGUAAAUGUCACAGAAAUUGAAGGAUAAAAAUAUUGUAAUAAAUUAGGACAUCGUGACAUAAUGCAAAAAAAGGCAAAGAUUAAUUUUCUUUUAAAUAUUUAGACCUAAAUAAUUUUAACCAGGCAUACUUUUGGCCAACUUAGGUGGCAAACAACAACAGAUAGCAAAACUGGCUUGUUAAAGCAAC